AUGUCUGGUCGUGGUAAAGGCGGAAAAGGACUCGGAAAGGGAGGAGCUAAGCGCCAUCGCAAAGUUCUUCGUGAUAACAUCCAAGGUAUCACCAAGCCUGCUAUCCGUCGUCUCGCUCGUCGUGGUGGAGUUAAGCGUAUCUCUGGACUUAUCUAUGAGGAGACUCGUGGAGUUCUUAAGGUCUUCCUUGAGAAUGUCAUCCGUGAUGCCGUAACUUACUGUGAGCACGCCAAGAGAAAGACGGUCACCGCUAUGGAUGUCGUCUAUGCUCUUAAGCGUCAAGGCAGAACCCUUUAUGGAUUCGGAGGAUAA